AUGGACACUUUGAACGGCGAGGUCUCAAGGGCAAUGCGGAACCGUAGCGUCGAAAUCUUCGUUGAACAAGACUGGGCUUCCGACAUUUGUGAUUCGCUGGCGGUGCUCCGAUCUAUGGCCGAUCGGUCUUUUGAAGUCCCGACCAAGUUGAUCUACUCCCUGUCCACCCUGGAAAGUCAGCAACUGCUUCGCCUCGGCGUUCUGUUGAAGGAAAUCGGGUUUGAAGACGCUCUUCGUCAUCUGGGUGUUCCCGUCGAAGAUCUGGAACCCUACAUUGGGCCGCUCUCGGUGCCGAUUAGCGUCUCCGCUGCCAUGUCGAUCUCCGGGCUGAUGAAAUGGACCUGUGAUCAAUGGGAACUAGCCGGACAGGGUGAACCUCAUCUCUACAUGCUGUUGAUGGCCAUGGCGGGCAGCAAGAUGACGCUGGUAUCUAUGGCUUCAGAAGGUUCAUUGCUAGGCCGACAACUGUAUACCCGGCUUGCUGCUCAGCUCGAAGAUUUGAAGACGACAAACAACCCCAUCGACGGACGAUUCAACGGCGUCUUACGGAGCGAAAAUCGGAAGAUGGUCUUCGCGAUUACUCUGUUGAAAGAAUGGUGCCUCCGCCUUGUCGACUCGGAAUUCCUCCACGAAAAUUCUGCCGAAGCCCUUUCUACAACGCUUACUAAAUACGAACUGUCCAACCACGAAUUGACCUUUAAUGGGCUUCAUCAGAUCGCGCCAUUGCUACAAGCUGUGUGUCAUUACUUGAAAUCGGACAAGAUGCCGGAUGAGGAGGACGAAGAGAAGAUAGUGGCGUUCCUGCUACACUUACUGGCCUUUUCCCUGGAAGCUCGCAAGGAGCUGUCAAUGCGUUUUGGCUCAGCUCCCUUGUACAUCGCUUGGUCCGCCAUGCAGUCGGCCAAUUUCAACAUCCCCGUGGAGUUGAAACAGAACUUCUUCGCAAUGUCUUCAGUGUGGUCUCGAGAAUCGCACGAAGCAUUCGUCCGUGAAUAUCUGGUCGCCUAUGAAGCAGCGCGACCUGUUGACGGCUUUGACACGCAGGCUUCUUCCGAGGAAUUUGUGAACCAGCUCUCCACAACCGUCGCUGAAAUGGAAAUGGAAAUGCCCGAAUCCCCCUUGGCUUUCGUCGAAAAACUCCUGCAACGGACCAUCAAGAUUGCGCACUUCAUUCGAUCGAACGGUUGCCAGCAAUUUGAUGAGAUUGCCAACGAAUAUUCGGACUUGAAGUCACUGUCACAUCUGAAUUGGCGCGGUGAGGUACCGAGACGGAUCGCCAGAAUUGCCGCACUGUGCAACCAGUCUUAUUUUGGAGACACGGCGGUGGUCGAGAUUGCCAAUGUGAGCCCAUUUUUCGAAAUCAACAAUACACUAUGGGCGGCGCUGGGAUACGAUGCGACCAUGUCGGAAUUGAAGGUCCGUGAUCUGAAAACGUUCUCAUUGGAUGAACUGCGCGACAAUUUCUGGAGGCUGGCGGCUAAUUCUGGAGCGAUCCAACGUUCUAUCGGGAGCGAAUUGCAAAGUAUGCUGGACGGUUUCGAGGGAUGGACAAGUGGUGCCGAGGUCCUGGAAGUCGACUGGGCUGGCAGAUUGGCGGCCGGUCUGGCACUGAUGAAGAAGGCUUGCCCGCCCCCGGAGACAAUGGAUCCGAUCGUCUUCGACGAAGCCAGCGAGAAAUAUCUGCUCGACUCGCUGAACGUUGUGGAGGGACAGCUGGAUUGUUUGGCCCGUUUCCGGAGACUUACAACGGCGCAGUCACCAGAAUGCGACGCGAAUUCACCGCACCCAUUUAUCGGCUAUUUGUGGCGGCGAAGACAAGUACUUCGAGAUGAGAUCGAUGGACGGCGCACUUCGCAACGAUACUGCAUCUACCGCCAAAAUGCUGCCGAAUACGCGAGAAUGAUUGCCGAGCUCCAAUCGUUCAUCUUGCUGACGGCCGAGACUGCUGAGCGAGCGCGUUCAAAUGCGGAGAAGCUGCGAAACGACUAUAUUUCAAAGUCACGAGGCUUUAAAGUG